AUACAGGAAACUCAGAGUAUCACGUGAUCAUCGAUGGCAGCAGCAGGAAAGGUCUGCAGAAGGGAUGGAACUGUUCUGAAAUAAGACACCAUCAAGAUUUUAGACAGAACGAAAAGAACAAUGACAGUGUGGAAAACAACCGACAGCAGGACUAAGCUUGGUGUUGUCAUCUACAAUUACACUGCUGAUGGACAGUACCAGCUUUCACUUGAUGUUGGUGACACUGUCCACAUUCUUGAAGAAACCACAGACUGGUUUCGAGGAUACACAACAAAGAAUAAAGCUCAAAAAGGCAUUUUCCCCAGGAGCUACAUUCAUCUGAAGGAGGCCACUGUGCAUAUCAGUGGAUCUGUGGAAACUAUUACAUGCAAAGAGCCACUUCUAGUUCAGGAAGUCACAUCAGUCCUGAAAGAAUGGCAUGCCAUCUGGAAACAGCUCUUUGUUGACAAAAGCCCAGAGGUCAACAAAGUGAAGAAAAUGAUACUGGAUUUGAUGGACUGGCGAAGCAAACUUCUCACUCGCAAAUAUGUAGUGGAUGAACAAAGAGCUAUCCAGCAACAAGUCACAAAUCUUAUUGACAGUGGCAAUGCGUUGUUGGGUCUGGACUUGAUUGUGCGAGAUGAUCAGGGAAAUGUUUUGGACCCCACUAAACACAGUACUAUUGAAAUCUAUAAAAGACACGUAGAUGCAGGUGAAAGAGUCAGAAAGCGAUCAAGUCAUCUUGACACCGAAACAGAGACCAGACCUACAUGGCCAUCCAGUUUUAAUCUGUUUGUUAUGCUGCGCAAUUUUGUUUGCAAGAUUGGGGAAGAUGCUGAUAUUCUCAUGAACCUCUUUGAUGCAAGGGAGGGCAAAUUCAUCAGUGAGAAUUACCUGGUGAAGUGGAGCAAACAGGGACUACCAAAAGAUAUUGACAUGCUUAAUAACUUCAGAGUUGUAUUUACAGACCUUGGAUCAAAAGACAGAAUGAGAGAGAGAGUAUUUCUAGUCUUCCAGGUUGUGCGAAUAGGUGUGAUGGACUCACGCAAUGUUGAAAACAAGAAACUAACACAGGGUAUUCGCAGACCAUUGGGAGUCGCAGCAAUGGAUAUAUCUGAAAUAAUACAAGGAAACAAAGAUACAAAGGAUGAAGAACAAUAUUUCAUUCCAUUCCAACAUUGUGGUCAAGGUGAAUUCAUGGACACAGUUAUCAAAAAAGUAAUAAAUGCCAGGGAAAUAAACCACAGAGGUCAGGGCCUUUGGGUGUCCCUUAAAGUUCUACCUGGUGAUCUCAGACAGGUUCAGGAGGAGCAGAUUCACCUGGUGCUGCCUGGUACAGCUGUUGCUAGGAAGAUGGGGUUCCCUGAGGUCAUCAUGCCAGGUGAUGUCAGAAAUGACAUAUAUAUUACUCUGAUGAAUGGAGAGUUUAACAAAGGGCACAAGACAACAGACAGGAAUGUAGAGGUUGCCAUGAUGGUUUGUAAUGGAAGAGGAGAGGUGCUUAAAAAUGUGAUAGGCCAUGGUUGUGGAGAUGGAACUAUGACAGAGUACAAGUCAAUGGUAUAUUACCAUGAGGACAAGCCAAAAUGGUUUGAGACAGUUAAGAUUGCCAUUUCCACUGAAGUAGAGUUUAAAGGAUUACAUGUCAAGUUUGUCUUCAGGCAUAAAGCUUCAAAUGAAGCAAAAGAUAAACUGGAGAAACCAUUUGCAAUGUCCUAUGUGCACCUCAUGAAUGGGAAUGGAACAACAAUUGAAGACAAAGUACAUGAACUUCUGGCUUUCAAGAUUGAAGGCAAGAAACAUGAUGACUCCCCUGCCUAUCUAAAGUUGCCAUCAACCAGACAGCAGCUGGAGGAGAGAGGUUUGCCCACAGGAAAUAAGAGUGUACUGCAAGAAGGACCAUACUCACUGACUCCUAACUCUAAAGAUGUUUUGUAUAUCCAAUCAUUUGUUUGCUCCACAAAGCUCACCCACAAUGUGGACUUGCUGGGCCUCCUUAAGUGGCAGGAAGUGUUAAAUGCUAGAUCAGCAUUGGAAUGUCAUCUGAAGCACCUCAUGAGGGAAGAAGGUGAAGAGAUUGUCAAGUUCCUUCAAGAUUUGCUGGAUUCGCUGUUCAACAUCUUGCUGCAGAAUAAAAACAAUGAACUGUGUGACAACCUCGUCUUUGAUGCCCUGGUCUACAUUAUUGCUCUGAUCUCAGACCGCAAGUAUCACCAGUUUCGUCCUGUGCUUGAUGCCUACAUACAAACAACAUUCAGCUUCCCUAUUGCUUACAACAAACUGAUUGUAAUCCUGAAAGACUAUGUAGAUCAUGCUAAUGAGAAGACUAACACAGACUCCUUGCUCAAGGCCAUCAAGUCCUUGGAAUACAUCUUUAAAAUCAUCAUUCGGUCGAGAUGUCUGUUUGCCAUAAUCAAGGAGGGCCAGGGCCAGCAGCAGUUUGAAAUCUCACUGAAGCAGCUUCUGACAUCCAUCAACAACAUGAUGGAACAUAAAACAGACCACACGCUAGCAGUGCAGGGAGCAGCUCUCAAGUUCAUCAGCUUCAUUAUUGGUGAUGUCAUGAGGGUUUUUGACCCUGUGGAACUCAGUAAACUGAUGGUGGAGUUCAUUGAAAAAGUGCCUAAGGAUCGCCUCAUCAAAACCAAAAUGUUGUGCAUUGACCAGAUAAUUCAGACAGAACUCUUUAAACUUCCUGCCUGUCGUGCUGUACUCUUGCCGGCUAUGUUGGAGCAUACUCGCGUGCUCAUGGAAGCCAAAGAUGAGAUGGAGAGCUGCAUCAUGGUCCUGAGUCACAUUGUAGACCAGCUAUGGAGUCCAGACUUUGGCCCAGUGGAGGCAGAUGUCACAGCACUGAUGAGGUCAGUUCUUCGCACUGUCAUCCAGUCUGUCAUCAGCAUUGAUCGAACGUCAAAGUUGGUGACAAAACGAAGACUUGAGCAAUUCUUUGGACAACAGCCCCCUCCAAGUAUAUCCAAUAGGUCCCUGAAUGAGAACUGUGUGGCUGUCAUGAUAUCCUUGCUGCGUCAGAUGACUGAGGCGCACUACCAGGAGUACAUAAAUAGCUUUGUGACACCUUUUGACUUGCUCGACUUCAUGAUGGAGAUACUGAUGGUCUUCCGGGACCUGGUGGGCAGGAGUGUCUAUCCUGGUGAUUGGCUGGAAAUGAUAAUGCUUCAAAACAGUGUGAUUCUAAGGGCUCUGAAGUUUUUUGCUGUCACCAUUCAUGAAAAGUUCUCCAAUCCCUUUGAGCAGCAGCUGUGGAACAACUUUUUCCACUGUGCAAUAUCUUUCCUGACACAAGAACCCCUUCAGCUAGACAAUUUCUCGGUAUCCAAGCGCAAUAAAAUCAUCCUCAGGUAUAAAGAUAUGCGCAGGGAAGCAGCCUUUGAAAUCAGAGCUAUGUGGUUUAAACUUGGUCCAAAUAAAAUCAGGUUUAUACCUGAACUAGUGGGGCCAUUCUUGGAGAUGACUCUUAUUCCUGAAACAGAACUGAGGCGAGCAACUAUCCCAAUCUUCUUUGACAUGAUGCAGUGUGAAUACUUGCAGCCAGUGCCUAACUCAAGCCGCAUUCAAGGCAACUUUCAUGAAGUGGAGAAUGAGAUGAUAACACAGCUGGAUGCUUUGGUGGAAGGUGGCCGUGGAGAUGAACAAUAUCGAGAUCUCACAUAUGAAAUAUUGAUACAUCUUUCGGAGACUAGGGAUAUUGAGGGACUACGGGAACAAAGCAAAGCCUUUGUGGAAGUCAUCUGGAAGUUGCUGGAACGCCUGCUGGUCUACCGAAACAUUAUCCAGGAUGAGAUCAGGGAGCACCGUAUGAGCUGUAUUGUCAAUCUGCUGGAUUUCUAUCAUGACAUUAACCGCCAGGAGAUGUAUAUUCGUUACCUGCACAAACUGAGUGACCUUCAUCUUGACUGUGACAACUUUACUGAGGCUGCUUAUACACUGAUGCUAUAUGCCAAACUUCUGCAGUGGUCUGAUGAAGUCUUGCCCCCCAUGCUACAAAACAGUAACUUCCAAAAUGCUGACACACACAGAGAACUGAAAGAACGGCUAUAUUACAAGAUUAUUAGCUACUUUGAACAAGGAAAGAUGUGGGAAAAAGGCAUUGAGCUGUGUGAUGAGCUGGCUCAGCAAUACAAAGAAGAGCUCUUCAAUUACAGAAACCUCAGCAAAAUCUUGAAAAAGGAAGCUGAGUUGUAUGAUCGAAUCUUGGCAGAAAACACACGCCCUAUUCCUGAAUAUUUUCGUGUGGGUUACUAUGGCCAGGGCUUUCCUUCAUUCUUGCAGAACAAGCUAUUCAUUUACAGAGGAAAAGAAUAUGAACGGCUUGCUGACUUCAAUGCUAGAAUGCAGAUCCUUUUCCCUAAUGCUGAGCUGAUGAAGACUCUUGACCCACCUAGUGAGGAAAUCCUCAGCUCUAGAAAGCAAUACUUGCAGAUCAACAGUGUGACUCCUGUUAUGAAUCUUCGACCACAUUUUGAAGGCAAAGCAAUCAGCAGUCAGAUUCUCAGCUACUACCGUGUCAAUGAAGUGCAGCAUUUCACAUACUCUAGACGAAUUGAUGAGAGCGUCAGUGAUGUAACAAAAAUGUGGUUGGAGAGGACCAACAUGACCACAACAUACCCACUUCCUGGGAUUGUAGGAUGGUAUCCUGUCAUGUCCACAGAAACAGUGCCUGUCAGUCCAAUCGAGUAUGCCAUAGAGAAUGUUGAGGAAAAGAACAAGCAGCUUGCCUCUGCCAUAGAACAACAUCACCACAAUCCAAACUUGGACAUCAAGAACCUGGGUAUGCUCCUCAAUGGCUCAGUGGACCCUGCUGUACAGGGUGGAUUUGCCAAUUUCAAGGACUUUUACAUUGGUGUAGAUUACAAGCCUGAGGAUCAGGAACGUCUAAAGGCACUGACCGUUGAGCAGGUGGUGUUGCUGAGGGAAGGACUCAUGGUGCAUAAACAGAAAGCUUCAGAAGAUCUGAAACCAUUCCAUUCCCACUUGGAACAGCGCUUCAGCCAAAUGUGCAACAAAAUGGAACAAGAAUAUGGGAUCAGGGUUGCAGACAAAGGGUUUGUCAGUGGCAGUGCCACAUUACGUAGGAACCAGUCCCUUCCCAGUACCUCUUCCAAUCGCCGCAGUGAUGGCUCAAUCUGCAGUGUGCAUAUGCCCUCUGAUCCGAAGAGGAUAAAACAAAGGAGAAUACAACCAGGUUCCAUGACUACACCACGUAAUAGCACCACCUCUCGAACCCAGUCUGUAUGGGUCAAGGACAGGUCUAUGUCAGCACCUCAGGUCAACAAGCCUCAGUCAAAGGUCAGCCUGAGCAACAUAAAAAAGCGUGUGUCACAGGUCACGGAACAACUGAGUGGUGACUCCAGCCAACGCAACUCCUGCGAGCUCAUUGAAUUGAACGAGCAGCUGACCCCACGCAGACCUCCCAGACCUGAUUCCGAGCGCCGGCCAAGCCGACCACCAAGUGGCUUGUCACUUCCUCCACUGGGGAGCAAAACUAACAGUGUCAGCAGUCUGGCUUCCUCUGAGAGUACAGUAACUUCCACCUCCAACCGACUUUCAGAUGCCAGUGAACCAGACUCCACCGAUGAACAGCCACCACCAAUUCCAGAGAAGCAAGCUUAUGCUGACUACAGUAACAUGAAUCCCAGUGACCCACCGCCUGUGCCUCGCCGUACCUCCACAGUCUCCACACACCGCCAGAAGCCUUUGCCUCCUGUUCCUGCCGAGGAACCUCCUCCGCCGCCUGUACCCCGCAAGAUGAGCUUUCCACCUUCUUGACCUUACAAGUUAACCUAACAGUGGCCUUGACCUCAGGCUGAUUUCUGAUCACCUUGACCAUUGACUUCCUCAUGGUCAGUGGUCUUGGGUGAAGUUUACCCUAGGCAGACAGUCACCGCAUACCUUGCAUGAGACACUCACUGGUGCUGCAUGAAGGAUGAAGUUGGCGUAUGCACAAUACAGAGUCAGCUACAUCAUCCUACCAUUGCAAGAGAUGCAACAUGCUCGCUCGACUCUUCUGCUUCUGGCACUCUAGUUACCUUUUGUAAGAUACAUUAUCAGCACCAUAAUGGCAUAUUAAGCAUGCAUGUUUUCCCUGUUGUAAAGCUCAAGACGAAUGAGAUUUCUCAGCCAAGUCUUGCAACUUGAUGGCUGUAUUUCUCAUGCUAUUAUACCUUGCCUUCAUUCUUAUUCAUUGUAACAAUUUCAUUCUCAUCUGGAAAAAAAAAUUGGAGUUUUCGAAGGUUAAAGGGAAUGGCACCUUAAAAGAAGAAGAAAGUUGUGUUUGGCGAUUUAAAUAAGUGGUGGGGGAGGGAGGGCCAUCUUUGAAGUGUGCUUUAAUAUAGGAACAGCUACUAACAAAAUACAUUUCCUGAUUUUCAUGUUUUGGAAAAUUAAUGAAGAAGGAAGGGGUUUACUGAAUUGUAGGUGGAACUUCAGCGUGGAAAACCAGGUUAAGUUACAUGUGUUGGGGAAUCCUUGCAAUGGAGAUUUCAAUUUUCAUAUAUUUAUCUUGCAUGUUGUAUAUUUUGUGCCGUAAUAUAUCUGUCUGCCCAUGUACCCUUUUCCUUUUUUAUUUUGUUUUGUUAUUGUCUUACACAUUGUGGAUAUUCAACACAACAUUACUUCUCUGGCUUUCAAAGCAUCAUUGUACUUCCUAGUCAUUGAAGAGAAAGUGCAGCUCAUGUCCUAUGAUUUGUACCAGGAGCAGCUUCUAGUUGGGCAGCAUGUCACCCACAUAACGAACUCCACAUGGGAGAUGUCAAACUGAGUGUGGAUUUUGAACAUUUACAAACAUUGAGUCAAUGAAUCUGAAGAUUUUUUUAAAUGAAAUCACCUUUUCCACCAUAUUUAAGAUUCUUGACUGAUGACAUGCAUUGCCAUCAAUACUUUUUUUUCUGUUCCCAACCCCCAUCUUUCAAAGGGCUUUAGAUAAAAAAUAUUUUUAAAAACUGAUAAAACGUAUUAUUGUCCGGUGCAGAGGACCUAGAAGGUUCUCUGACAGUAACUAAGCGUUCCAGUGAUGGUGAGAACCUUGACAGUAUGGGAUUCUUUGGGGUCUGAGGAUACAUUCAUUUAUCCCUCCCCCAAAAAAUAAAAUUUAAGCACAUCUUUCUGACCUACACCAUUAUUUCUCAACAUUCAAAAUCAUUUGUCAGUUAAGUUAUUGCUUUGAAAGAAUUAUGUCAAUUGUUUUUCCCCUUGAAACAGCUUUCAUGUGAUUUUGGUGCUAAAAUGAUUUGCAUUACCACAAUGUAAUUAGAUGGAAACAAUAGAUCUUGUGUCAGCAGGGAUCAAAGGAUGAACACAGCUGUUUGCGUCUGUUACAUUUGGAAGAAAUGUUAAUAUUUUUCAUUCCCACAAAAGAAUGUUCAUUUUUGAACAAAAUACUAGCAUCUGCAUGUUUCAGUGGACUAAAAAAUGUCUUUGAAAGAACAGUGUAACAGGAGCUGAAAUUUACUAGGCAUAAAGAUUGGUAAGAGGAAUUGUGUUGGCUUCUUCAUCAAAACCAAUGGACUCUUUAACAUUAAGAUAGUGGUUUUUUGACUAAAUUGUUUGAAUAAUAAAUUCUGGACAAAAUAAUUGCUCAGAUCUGUAGGAACUUUGUGAUAUUUUUUAUCUGGAAUGUAAUCUCAGAAAGCCUUUGUCUGACAUGAAAGCUUCUGUUCUCUUGAUGGACAGCAAACUCGGAUCUCUUCUCUGAGACAGUCACUUCUAGUCUAAGGUUUGUCUUUUUUUACAUUUAUGUGCAAGACAUUUUGGGUUGAAAAAGAAUAGUGAGACAUAGUCAUCAUCAGGCAAUUACUAUGUAAGGUUGAACCAAAAUUGCCUGUGGACUUUUUCAACCCUGUGAUGACAAACCAUUAAAUAUCAAAAAGGGACUCUCAGUGCUUUAAUGUAAUAAUGCCUGAUUAUUUCUCAUAGAUGUUUUUACAAUUUAGUGUACUAGUGGCUUUUAGACAAACGUUUUUGAUGUAAUUUUCGGGGAGGGUAGAAGCAAUUGUGCUUUUAAGUUUAGUAGUGAUGUCAUUGGUAAUUUGCAGAUAAAAGACUACAUAUUUUGGAUUUUCCCAACAGAGAUCAGAAAGUAAUCUGAUACUGUUGGGUAUUUUAUUUUUGUACAAAGUUUUGGAUACUUUUAUACUAGUUUUGUGUUUUGUUCCCUAUUUCUGGUUAGGUGUGAAACAUAAAAUGUCCUUUGAUUUUAACAUGCUUUGUGGUAAAAAUUCAAGAUUUUUCUUGAUCAUAAGGAAGUACUGUUUCUUGAUAUUUCUUUGUAAUGACUUUUUUCCCAACUAUAGCCACAGCACAAAGCAUUUUUGUAAGUCAGUUGCAUUAUGUGAGUCAUUUGCCAAACAAUUUAUCAUUGAGGUAAUUAAGAAGCACGGAUUACAUGUUGUAUGUUGUCCUGACUUCAUAUAUUAAUCUGUUGCAUGUUGGGGACAAAGAAUAUAUUUGCAUGUACCAUUUUUGCCGGACACAGUAUUUGGUGGCAGGGACCAAGUUAGAAACAGGGACAAGAUAAAAGGCAUGUCUGUGGUAGGAUGUUUUAUUGAGAGUGCCUCAAGGAGGCAGAUCAGCAGGAAUUCACAUGUAGCAGUCACGUUUCUUAAUGAGCUCCACUCAAAAACAUGGGUCAAAAGCUGGUGUAGUCUGAUGAAGCCAAGUUAUCAGUAUUGUGUACCUGCUGUAGGCCUGCGUUGUAUACAGUUUUGAAUGUAAAGCACUCUACACCUUUGUGUUCAUUAAAACGCAGAGUGAGGAUUUACUGUACUGAAGCAUAUUUACGAGAAGGUGGGAGCUCAUCAACAUCACAUAUUGCCAAGAGGGAGAGGGUCUGCAUGAUGUCCUGUUUAGGUUAGUAGUUAAAGGCAGUAGUGAGUGCCUAAUAUACUUGGGAAGGUAAAAUGCUAUACCUUACACAUGGCAAACCAUUUAAAAUUCAUCUAAGGCUCCAUAAUCCUAUGACUGUAGGACCAAUGAAUGAGUUAAUGAUCUGUAUGUCUUCUUAAACCAAGCAUUAUUGCACACAAGAACAAUAGCUAGUUCUGCAGCUUGCAUUAUUCACUGAUAAAAUUGAUGGUUUUAUUGGUUUAUUUAGCUCAUGGCAGAAAGUAUUCGAGAGGAAGUUGUAGAAAUAUGCCAGUGUAACCAUCUCAUUGCCUUAGAAGAAAACAACUGAUGGUUCCAGGAAGACAUCUAGUCCCUAACCAAAUACUUGUCAUUUAGUUGUCACAUUGUUCCUGUCUUUUCGGGUGCUUUUUUGAUGGAUUUGAAAGUUUAUCUUGUUCUAGAAGUUGUGGAGGAGGGUUGAUCAUCAGGCAGGCCUGUAAAGUCACAGCAAUAUAACAUGUACCCAUUGCUUUGUCCUAAACAUCUUGUACAGUGAAUAUGUAUUUGUGUACUUAAAAGUAGCUUUAGUUGUAAUGCUUAUUUAACAGAUUUAGAAAUGGAUCAAAUGGCUGGCACAAUAAAACAAAGCGAGGAUUAAAUAAUAUUGGUAGCAUAAUAAAUUCACUUGGUUCAUCUUUUU